AUGUCUUCAGGUGAUAAUAAAGCGCAUAUUUCAGCAAAAGGUUCAAGUGCACUUGCCGGUAUAGGUACAAAUCCUACGGGAGAUGAACCCAAUAAACAUAUUGCUCAUGUUGAUAAAGGAAGUUCUGCCCUUGACGGUGUAGGUGCUAUUCCUAUAGAUACGCAAAAACAAGAACAACUAUCUCAACCACAACCUAAAAAUGCUACUGAAUAUGUGACCGGUGCUCUUAGUAAUGCAUAUACUACUGUUAAGGAUACUAUUGGCAACUUGGGAACUAAUCAAACUACUACCGAUAAGACUAAAUCUGAUAAAUAG